UGCCUAUUUCUUUUUCUUUUCUGUUCAAAGGCUUAACAGUGAAGUGAAGUAAUAAGUUGAUAUAUAGAUAUAGCGACUGCUAUACGCUGAGGUUGUGACUCUCUCCGUUCUCACGUUCUUCGCCGCUGCUACCACCGUCUCAAUACUCACCUCACUCUCCCCAGGAUUUUGGCAUAAUUUAUCUCGGGAUAAUUUCAAGAGUUCAACAUGGCAGUUCACUAGUGCACUCCUUAAUCUCUUACAUAUUAUAGUGAUUAAUUUCUUUUAUAAUUUGUUUACAUCAUACAAGAUGAGCAGACCUGAUCGUCUGAAGGAGAGGGACAGAAAAAGUAAUCGGCUUUCUGAGGAUAAUUAUGAAGACAGUGCAGCCCGCACAAGACCUGGUUUUGAAAAGAUUAUGCAUAGAAGAAGAAAUAAAGAAUUGCCUGAAAAUGUAAAAGACCCUGCCAAGGAAGUGUGGAAUAUUUCACCUGAAGGUUGUUUAGAGAAAGUUGCUGAUCAUUUUGAGUCUCCAAGAAUCUAUAAACAUCAUAAGAUUCCAUCCUUUAGCAUGGAGAAACAUGCUUCGGAGGAAGUAGUGAAUGUAAGUUCUAGAAAGAAGAUUAAGAGCACCAUUGUAAAGGAAGAUGAUUUAACUGAAGGGAGAGAUAGAGCAAACAAUAUUUUAGAAGCCAAAUCAAGUGCUGGAUUAAGUAAUAAAGGCCGGAAAACUGAAGGGAAGACGGGAAAGGAAAGGCGUGAUGGGAAAAAAAAUGAACAAAUGAGUAAAAUUUCUGAAAAUAAAGCCGGGAUUAAACAUUCAAGAGAUUCAGUUAACAAGGAUAGUUAUACAGAAAAAGAUAGAUCAAAAUCUGAAAGGAAAAUAAAUAAAAAGAACCACAUUGAAGAGGAAGAUAAUCGUAAUACAGAAAGGAAGCAUGACAGAGAUACACAUGAUGUGGGGAAAACAAAGAAGUGGUUAAGCAAUGAUUUUGAAGCAGUACCUGAAAAGAAGCAUCAUAGAGACUCAGAUAAGCAUAUUCAUGUAGAGGGUAGAGCAAAAUAUGAAAGAGAAAUCAACAGGGAAACAAGAACAAGUAAUGAAAAAGAAAUCAAGAGAAAAUAUCGAAGUGGAGAUGAUGAAACUCAGGACAGGAAUGCAAUAAGGAAACAAGAUAUUGCGAAGCAUCAUAACCCACACAUUUAUGAGAGGAAGAACAGGCAGGAAAAGGUGAAGUCACAUUAUGAAGAAUCAACCAUGAAGAGGAGACGGUCAAGAAGUCGGGAGCGUGAGGGUAGAAGAAGGUCACCUUCUUUUUCACCAAGGGCGCGCAGAAAUACUCAUCACGAUGGAGAUCGUAAAGACUUAUCUAUGAUUUCUCUGACAGAUAUGUCUAGAAAAAAACAUUCUGAUGAUAAAAAUAGAGUAUCAACUAAUGGUUCAAGUAGACGGUCAAGAAGUCGGGAGCGUGAGGAUAAAAGGUCCCCUUCUUUUUCACCAAGGGCACACAGAAAGACUAAUCAAGAUGGAGAGCGCAAAGACUUGUCUAUGCCUUCUAUGAUAGAUAGUUCUAGAAAAAAGCAUUCGGAUGAUAAAAAUAGAGUAUCAACUAAUGUUUCAAAUAGUCACCAUCGUGGAUAUCGACACAGUGGCUCUGCUAGUGGACUUGGUGGCUAUUCACCAAGGAAGAGGAAAAGUGAAACUGAUAUUAAGACACCUUCACCACCAUCUAAGCAUUCUCCGGAGAAGAAACGUGCUGGAUGGGAUCUUCCUCCUGUAGGGGCAGAUCCUUCUCCAGCUUUUGUUUCUUCUGGUUUUCAAUUAUCAAAUCAUAGUGUGUUGUCCAGCAUGCAUGAUUUAGCUUCUGCUACUUCUCAGAAUCCAUCCAUCGUGAAGCCUCUCCCAGUGUCAUAUUUUAAUGCGGUAUCAAAUGGGAAGAAUGCCACUGUUGAUUCUGUCCAACUGACACAAGCUACUCGCCCUAUGAGAAGGCUUUAUCUGGAGAAUUUACCAGGUUCAGCCUCUGAGAAAGUUGUGACGGAUUGUUUCAAUGACCUGCUUUCUUCCAGUGUAAAUCAUAUCCAACAAACUCGGCCUUGCAUCAGCUGCAUUGUGCAUAAAGAUAGGGGCCAAGCGCUUGUGGAAUUCCUUACAGCUGAGGAUGCAUCAGCUGCCCUUUCUUUUGAUGGAAGUACACUUUUUGGCUCCAUGGUGAAAAUUAGACGUCCCAAAGACUAUGUUGAAUUUGCAGUAAGAACUGGUGAACCAGAGCGAUCAGUGGAAGUUGCUGUCACAAUAAGUGAUGUUGUAGUUGACUCACCAAACAAGGUCUUCAUUGGUGGAAUUUCAAAUCAUGUUUCUUCAGAGAUGCUUAUGGAGAUUGCUGGUGUGUUUGGAUCUUUGAAGGCUUACCACUUUGAGGCUAGGGUCAGCAAUGGAUGCGCUUUUGUCGAGUAUGUGGAUCACUCUGUUACUGCCAAAGCUUGUGCGGGUUUGAAUGGAAUGAAGCUGGGAGGGGAAGUAUUAACUGUUGUUCAGGCUAUGCCUGAUGCAUCAUCCGUGGAAAAUGAUGGCAAACCACCAUCUUAUGGCAUUCCAGAGCACGCAAAGCCACUGCUCCGCAAGUCAACAGAAGUAUUGGAGAUUAAAAAUGUGUUCACAGUGGAGUCUAUAUUGUCUUUAUCUGACACUGGAAUCGAAGAAAUUUUGGAGGAUGUACGAUUGGAAUGUGCAAGGUUUGGGACUGUUAAAUCAGUUCAUGUAGCCAGGCAUAGCGAUGACAAGAAUGUUGCAACCAAAUCAGAAGAAAUUAAAAAGAGUGUGGGUUCUGAAGAAGCUUCUUUAGUCACACGCACUGUUACUAAAAAUGCAGAAUCUAGUUCAUCUGAAGAGGCUACUUACUCCAGUUCUAUGGGAACAAGUGGAGUGGAGCUCCAUUAUGAAAAAGAACUAGAAGAAGACAAAGAUAAUAAUGGUGCUAGUGUUAAUAUUGAUAAAAAUGCUAAAGUUUUUGAUAAUAUUGCAUGUGAAGAACAAGAACAUCUUGCAAGUGAUGUCACAGUUAGAGAUGCUGACAAUGAGGGCAUGCCUAGUCGUACCAUUCAAGGAUGUCCUGAUCAUCAUGAUACGUCCUUUGAUGCUCCAGGGUUGAAUGAUAACAUCGUCGAUAACAAUAUUGAUGCUGAAAAGGUAGUGGGCGACAAUAUGGACUCAAAGAACACGGUUUGUCCAUUUCAGAAAGGCUUUUCUGAAUGUGAUACUAGUUCAGAGUUAGUUGGUCCCUUAAAGGACAUUAAGGAGGAAGAUGAAGAUGAAUCUAACAACAUUGCAUUUGAACCAGGUUCUGUUCUUGUUGAGUACGCAAGAACCGAAGCAUGCCGUUCGGCAGCUCAUUGUUUGCAUAGACGUUUGUUUGAUGGCAGAAUGGUGACAGUUCAGUAUAUUGCCCUGAGUCUAUACAGAGCAAGAUUUAAUAAAUGAGCAUUUCAAAGUGAGUGGUAACACUUGUUUAUAAGAACAUAAAAGAGCCCUGUGGAGUAAGAUUUGUGAGAAAGGUAUUUUUUAUAUUUUAAUAUUUUAACUUGGAAAAGGCAUAACGGAUUAUUGCCAAUGUGAUAAAAAUAUAGUAGCAUAAUCAUGUUUGGAGUUGCAGAGGACUUGUGAAGGCUUGCUCUUUUAAUCUGGAAAAUUCAUUUCGCACACUUUGGCCUGAUAGUUUCAUCGAUCAUGUUAAUUCAGUUUCACUUUGCCUUGUAGUUUCAUGGUCAUGCUAAUUCAGUUUCACUCUGGAGAUUCAUCGUCAUGCUAAUUCAGUUUCACUUUGGCCUGUUAGUUUCAUUCGUCAUGCUAAUUGGAGAUAUUCUUUAUACAUGUUUUUUUUCAUUCUUCAUUUCAAACUUGUUGUAUUGUAUCAUCAAGUAUUUUUAAAUAUUGGUUAACAGAACAGGGUUACGCUUUUUCCAAUAUUAGGGUAUCAGUCCUUAAUUA